AUGUACCAUCAGCUGAGGAUCCGCGAGGCGGAUAAGCGCGUGCAAAGAUUCCUGUUCCGGAAUACUCCCGAAAUGAUCCCAGAUGUCUACGUGAUGGACGUAGCGACCUUCGGCUCUGCCAGCUCGCCGUGCUCCGCACAAUACGUGAAAAACGUGAACGCGAAGGAGUUCGCAAGGCAGUUUCCGGAGGCAGCGGAAAAAAUAGAAAAAAACCACUACGUCGACGACUACUUCGAUAGCGCAGAUACAGUCGAUGAAGCAGUGGGACGAGCGAAAGAAGUUCGCUUCGUUCAUUCCAAAGGCGGAUUCGAACUGCGAAACUGGGUGUCGAACUCCGAAGAGUUCCUUCAGGCCAUGGGGAAGCAGCAAACAGACCAGUGCGUACGUUUCAGUGAGGACAAGGAAACGGGUCUUGAGCGAGUACUAGGCAUUGUCUGGAACCCUGCCAGCGACGAGUUCUCGUUUUCCAUCGAGCUGAGGGACGAUCUUGUGCCGUACUUGUCAGGCAAGCGGCUGCCGACAAAGAGAAUCGUGAUGAGCUGCGUCAUGAGCUUCUUCGAUCCGCUAGGACUACUGUCUGUUUUCACCUUUUACGGGAAACUUUUAAUCCAGGAGCUGUGGCGCAGUGGAUGCGAUUGGGACCAACAAAUAGCUGGAGAGAAUGCGGAGAAAUGGAAUCAGUGGAUUGCAAGGCUUCCGGAGGUUGAAAACGUCCGCAUUCCCCGGUAUUACUUUCGUGGCGGACAUGACUUGGAUUUCAGUAGCAUUCAACUUCAUGUCUUCGUCGAUGCCAGCGAAGGUGCAUACGGGGCUGCAGGGUAUCUGCGGAUUGAGACGGUUGAUGGUCCGAUGUGUUCGUUGGUGAUGGCGAGAUCGAAGGUCGCACCACUUAAGCAUCUCUCAAUUCCUCGUCUGGAGCUGCAAGCAGCAGUGUUGGGAGCCAGACUGGCAAAUUCCGUCGUUGAAAUGUUAUGCUUUGACGUAAAGCAGCGAUACUUCUGGAGUGAUUCGAAGACUGUGCUGUCGUGGAUUCAUUCGGACCACCGACGGUACAAGCAAUUCGUCGCCUUCCGGAUUGGAGAAAUCCUCAGUCUUUCAAAGCUAAGAGAUUGGCGAUGGGUUCCGACUAAGCUCAACAUAGCAGAUGCUAUGACGAAGUGGAACAAAAAGCACUCUAUGUGUUCAGAUGGGCCAUGGUUUCGAGGCCAGGGUUUCCUGUAUUUUCCGGAAGAGAAAUGGCCAGAUCAAGGUGAGAUUACGCCGAACGACCAGGAAGAAUUGCGGGCAUGCUUCCUUUUCCACGACAUCAGAAUAACAGAACAGGUCGUAGACCCUCAGCGGUUUUCUCGAUGGAAGGUUUUAGUUCGGACAGUGGCGUGUAUCUACAGAUUUGCGUCAAACUGCAAAAGAAAACGAGAGGGUCUGAAAAUCGAAGCGAUUCCGACGACCGCGAAAGUGAAGAGGCACGUGAAGGGAAAUGUACCCGCAAAUACGUCGUCGCUGACUCGAGAGGAGUAUCAGGCAGCGGAGGCGUACCUCUGGAGAUCAGCGCAAGCAGACAGAUUUCCUGACGAGAUAAAGGUGCUGAAGAAGAAUCGAGAGCUACCGUAUGAAGAGUGGUAUCGGCUGGAUAAAGAUAGCUAUCUAUACAGCAUGAGUCCUUUUCUAGACGAACAGAAUGUGCUCAGGAUGGAAGGAAGAGCCGCUCGAGGAUCACCGUUGCCAUUCGAGCUUAAAUUUCCGAUCAUCCUGCCGAAAAGGCAUCCGGUAACCGACAAAUUGCUCGAGUACUACCAUCAGCAAGUAGCACAUGGCAACAUAGAAACUGCCGUUAACGAAAUUUGGCAACGUUUUCGCGUACAACAUCUGCGGGCGGAGAUGAAAAGGAUAGCGAAAUCGUGCAUCUGGUGCAAAGUAAAAAAGUGCAAGCCGCAAAACCCUAGAAUGGCACCACUACCAGUGCCACGCAUCACGCCAAAUCAGCCACCGUUCAGUUAUACCGGCGUAGAUUUUUGUGGACCGUUUACCGUAACCGUUGGUCGUAGAUCGGAGAAGAGGUACGUCUCUUUGUUCACCUGCCUGACAACGAGAGCCAUACACCUUGAGGUCGCUCAUAGCCUGACGACUCAAGCGUGCUUGAUGGCCAUACGCCGUUUCGUGUGCCGCAGAGGCAAACCGCUGGAGUUUUUUUCGGACAACGGAACAAAUUUCCAAGCAGCCAGCAAAGAGGUCGUAAGACAAAUUGGAGCCGAUGCAGCAGAAGCGUUCACAGAUUCAACAACCCGAUGGAAUUUUAAUCCACCCAGCGCACCGCACAUGGGCGGGGCUUGGGAGAGGCUGGUACGUUCUCUCAAGACAGCGUUGACCGUGAUCGAUGAUGGAAGAGCGAUGAACGACGAAAUACUGCUGACUGUACUCGCAGAAGCUGAGGAUCUAAUUAAUUCGCGCCCUCUGACGUACAGAUCCCUGGAGCCAGAAGUGGAAGAAGCACUGACGCCGAAUCACUUCGUUCGUGGCGUUGGCGGAAUUUCCGUAGAACAUGCCGUGCUUCCGACGAAUGAAGCUGCAGCUUUGCGCGACCGUUACAAGCGGUCCCAAUUGUUAGCGGACAGACUGUGGACUCGGUGGGUUUCCGAAUACUUGCCGUCGAUAAAUCAGCGGACAAAGUGGCAUACGGAGACAUGUCCACUGGCGAGUGGUGAUCUGGUGUACAUCGCAGACGAAAUGAUACGAAAGAGUUGGGUUCGUGGUAUCGUCCUCGAAGUCUACAGCGGAGCGGACGGUAGAAUCAGGCAAGCCCUGGUGAAGACGUCGAGAGGUGAGUUCAGACGGCCAGUUACGAAGCUUGCGGUGCUCGAAGUCCAGGAUCGUAAAUCUGGUUCGGCCAAGGAGACCUCGCCAGAGUUACGGGGAGGGGCUGUGUACGCACCGCCCAAAUACAACCGACCGCAAACACCUCCCGUGUGA